CCUCUGGGGCGCGCUCGUGCGAGCGACGGGAGGGUUUGGGUGUGCAGCCCUCCGGCGCCUGUGAGAGGGAGCGGGUCGGCUCUUCUCCCUCCCCUCGGCUAGACGCAGGGGCGGCUGAGGAACGGAAGCGGCGGUUACGGCAAGAGCCUUGGCGCGAGGGGAUGGCAUUUGCCGUCGCCGCCGCCUCUCCGUCCCUGCCUUGGGCGUGAAGAGGACGCCCGGGAGCCGAAAGAUAUGAGGCAUCAAUUAGCAAGUGAAAGGUGAUUGAACCAUGGCUCAGUUUCCAACAGCUUUUGGGAGCAACCUUGACAUCUGGGCAGUAACUGUAGAUGAGAGAGCUAAGCAUGAUCAGCAGUUCCACAGUUUGAAACCAGUGUCUGGAUUUAUUACUGGAGAUCAAGCUAGGAACUUUUUUUUCCAGUCUGGAUUACCUCAACCAGUUUUAGCACAGAUAUGGGCUCUUGCAGAUAUGAACAAUGAUGGAAGGAUGGAUCAGCUGGAGUUUUCUAUAGCUAUGAAGCUUAUCAAACUAAAACUGCAAGGUUAUCAGCUCCCCUCUGCGUUGCCUCCUAUUAUGAAACAGCCUCCCCUUGCCAUUUCCAGUGCAUCAGGAUUUGGAAUCGGUGGUCUUCCCAGUAUGCCACCUCUUACAGCUGUUGCUCCUGUGCCAAUAGCAUCCAUUCCAGUAGUAGGAAUGUCUCCACCUUUAGUAUCUUCUGUUCCUACAGCAGCUGUACCCCCCCUUGCCAAUGGAGCACCUGCUGUUAUCCAGCCACUGCCUGCUUUUAGUCAUCCUGCCACAUUGCCAAAGAGUUCUUCCUUCAGUAGAUCUGGUGCAGGAUCUCAGUUAAAUGCGAAAUUACAAAAGGCACAAUCUUUUGAUGUGGCUGGUACAUCUCCUGCAGCAGAAUGGGCAGUUCCACAGUCAUCAAGAUUAAAAUAUCGGCAGCUAUUCAAUAGCCAUGACAAAACAAUGAGUGGACACUUGACAGGUCCACAAGCAAGAACUAUCCUUAUGCAGUCAAGCUUACCGCAAACCCAGUUGGCUACAAUAUGGAAUCUUUCAGACAUUGACCAGGAUGGAAAAUUAACAGCAGAAGAAUUUAUUUUGGCUAUGCACUUAAUCGAUAUGGCUAUGUCAGGCCAGCCGUUGCCACCUGUGUUGUCUCCAGAAUAUAUUCCUCCCUCAUUUAGAAGAGUUCGUUCUGGAAGUGGUGUAUCUGUCACAAGCUCAGUGUCUUUAGACCAAAGGUUACCAGAAGAGCCAGUAUUAGAAGAAGAACAGCAACAGCUGGAAAAGAAAUUGCCUGUUACAUUUGAAGAUAAAAAACGUGAGAACUUUGAACGGGGCAAUCUGGAGCUUGAAAAGCGGAGGCAAGCCCUUUUGGAACAGCAAAGAAAAGAGCAAGAGCGCCUUGCACAGUUAGAAAGGGCAGAGCAGGAAAGGAAAGAACGUGAGCGACAGGAACAGGAGCGAAAAAGACAGCUGGAGUUAGAAAAACAGCUAGAAAAACAACGUGAGUUGGAACGUCAAAGGGAAGAAGAAAGGAGGAAAGAAAUAGAAAGGCGUGAGGCUGCAAAAAGGGAACUUGAGAGGCAAAGACAGCUUGAGUGGGAACGCAAUCGGCGGCAAGAGCUUCUGAAUCAAAGGAACAAAGAACAAGAGGAUAUAGUUGUUCUAAAAGCUAAGAAAAAAACUUUAGAAUUUGAAUUGGAAGCUCUGAAUGAUAAAAAGCAUCAGCUGGAAGGUAAACUUCAGGAUAUCAGAUGCCGAUUGUCUACCCAAAGACAAGAAAUUGAGAGCACAAAUAAAUCUAGAGAGCUAAGAAUAGCAGAAAUUACACAUUUGCAACAGCAGUUACAAGAAUCUCAGCAAAUGCUUGGAAGGCUAAUUCCAGAAAAACAGUUACUUAAUGAUCAUUUGAAACAAGUUCAACAAAAUAGUGUGCACAGAGAUUCACUUCUCACAGUCAAAAGAGCCUUAGAAGUGAAGGAAUUAGCAUGCCAGCAGCUUCGUGACCAGUUGGAUGAAGUAGAAAAAGAAACCAGGUCAAAACUUCAAGAAAUUGAUAUUUUCAAUAAUCAGUUAAAGGAGCUGAGAGAGAUACAUAAUAAGCAGCAGCUGCAGAAGCAAAAGAACAUAGAAGCUGAUAAGCUAAAACAAAAAGAGCAAGAGAAAAAAACUGAAUUUGAAAAGCAAAAAGAUAGUCAGAGAAGAACCCAAGAACGGGAGAGACAGUGGCUUGAUAGAAUACAGCAGGAAGAAGAACACCAGAGACCAAGAAAAAUUCAAGAGGAAGAAAAAACAAAAUGGGAAGAAUUAAGCAACAAGAAAGAACAUGAAGAUAAGAACAAACACGAAGUACAAGAAAAAUUGAAUAAGAUUUUUCAUCAGCAUAAAGAUCCUGCAAAGCUGGCUGUCCAAACUCCUUGGUCAAACACAGAAAAGACUCCACUAACAAUUUCUGCUCAGGAAGAUGUGAAGAUAGUGUAUUAUCGAGCACUAUAUCCUUUUGAAUCUCGAAGUCAUGAUGAAAUCACUAUCCAGCCAGGAGACAUCAUCAUGGUGGAUGAAAGCCAAACCGGAGAACCUGGAUGGCUUGGAGGUGAACUGAAAGGGAAAACUGGAUGGUUUCCUGCAAACUAUGCAGAGAGAAUUUCUGAAAGUGAAACUCCGACCUCUGUAAAGCCAGUUAUUGACACUACAGCUGCCCCUAAAGUUUCAGUGCGUGAAACUCCCACAACACCUCUAGCACCGCCUCUCCCUGCAGAUUCAAGUACUACUGCCAACAACUGGGCAGACUUCAGUUCAACAUGGCCAGCAAGUACUAGUGAUAAACAGGAGACUGAUAACUGGGACGCUUGGGCAGCUCAACCUUCCCUUACUGUUCCGAGUGCAGGGCAGCUGAGGCAGAGAUCUGCCUUCACCCCCGCCACUGUGACCGGAUCAUCUCCUUCUCCAGUUUUGGGUCAGGGUGAAAAAGUGGAGGGACUUCAAGCACAAGCCCUGUAUCCUUGGAGAGCCAAGAAGGACAACCAUCUUAAUUUUAACAAGAAUGAUAUAAUCACAGUGUUAGAACAGCAGGAUAUGUGGUGGUUUGGAGAGGUUCAAGGUCAAAAGGGAUGGUUUCCUAAAUCAUAUGUGAAGCUUAUUUCAGGUCCUAUAAGGAAAUCAACAAGUAUGGAUUCUAGCUCUUCAGAGAGCCCUGCUAACCUAAAGAGAGCAUCACCAGUUACAAAAGCUGCUGUAUCAGGAGAAGAAUAUAUUGCCAUGUAUACUUAUGAGAGCUCAGAACAAGGAGACUUAACAUUUCAACAAGGGGAUUUAAUUCUGGUGACCAAGAAGGAUGGAGAUUGGUGGACCGGAACACUGGGUGAAAAAACAGGAGUAUUUCCCUCGAACUAUGUCAGACUGAAAGAUUCUGAGGUGUCUGGAACUGUUGGAAAGACAGGAAGCCUAGGCAAGAAACCUGAAAUUGCUCAGGUUAUUGCCUCAUACACUGCAACAGGUCCAGAACAGCUUACACUUGCUCCUGGUCAGCUAAUUCUUAUCAGAAAGAAAAAUCCUGGUGGAUGGUGGGAAGGAGAGCUUCAAGCUCGUGGGAAAAAAAGGCAGAUAGGUUGGUUUCCUGCUAACUAUGUGAAACUGUUGAGCCCUGGCACUAGUAAAACAACACCAACUGAGCCACCUAAAUCAACAGCAUUACCUUCAGUGUGCCAAGUCAUUGGUAUGUAUGACUACAUUGCACAGAAUGAUGAUGAACUGGCAUUCAGCAAAGGCCAGAUCAUUAAUGUCCUUAAUAAGGAAGACCCUGACUGGUGGAAAGGAGAAGUGAAUGGGCAAGUGGGUCUCUUCCCAUCCAACUAUGUGAAACUGACAACAGAUAUGGACCCAAGCCAGCAAUGGUGUGCUGAUUUGCACCUCCUGGACAUGUUGACGCCCACUGAAAGGAAACGGCAGGGGUAUAUCCAUGAACUGAUUGUAACAGAAGAAAACUAUGUGAAUGACCUACAAUUAGUAACAGAGAUCUUCCAGAAGCCACUGAUGGAUUCAGAGCUGUUGACAGAAAAGGAGGUUGCUAUGAUUUUUGUAAACUGGAAAGAGCUAAUUAUGUGCAAUAUUAAACUACUGAAGGCACUGCGUGUUCGUAAGAAAAUGUCAGGAGAAAGAAUGCCAGUAAAAAUGAUAGGAGACAUUCUGACAGCACAGCUUCCACACAUGCAGCCUUACAUUCGAUUCUGUAGCUGUCAGCUUAACGGGGCAGCGCUCAUCCAGCAGAAAACAGAUGAAGUGCCUGAGUUCAAGGAAUUUGUUAAAAGAUUAGCUAUGGAUCUGCGCUGCAAAGGGAUGCCAUUGUCAAGCUUUCUGCUAAAGCCUAUGCAACGAGUAACACGAUAUCCUCUAAUAAUAAAAAAUAUAUUAGAAAAUACUCCUGAAAACCAUCCUGAUCAUAGUCAUUUGAAGCAUGCUUUGGAGAAAGCCGAAGAACUUUGUUCUCAGGUCAAUGAAGGUGUACGUGAGAAGGAGAAUUCAGACAGACUUGAAUGGAUCCAGGCCCAUGUUCAGUGUGAAGGGUUAUCUGAGCAACUUGUUUUUAAUUCUGUUACAAACUGUUUGGGGCCACGCAAAUUUCUGCACAGUGGGAAACUCUACAAGGCCAAGAGCAACAAGGAAUUGUAUGGCUUUCUGUUCAACGACUUCCUCCUGCUGACACAGAUCAUAAAGCCUCUUGGUUCAUCUAGCACAGAUAAGGUUUUUAGCCCCAAAUCAAAUCUGCAGUAUAAAAUGUACAAAACACCCAUAUUUCUAAAUGAGGUCUUGGUUAAAUUACCCACGGAUCCUUCUGGAGAUGAGCCUAUCUUUCACAUUUCUCACAUUGAUCGAGUCUAUACACUCCGUGCAGAAAGCAUAAAUGAAAGGACUGCUUGGGUUCAGAAGAUCAAAGCAGCUUCUGAACUUUACAUAGAAACAGAGAAGAAGAAGAGGGAAAAGGCAUAUUUAGUCCGAUCCCAGAGGGCAACUGGUAUCGGAAGGCUAAUGGUGAACAUUGUCGAAGGUAUUGAAUUGAAGCCGUGCAGAUCCCAUGGAAAAAGUAACCCAUAUUGUGAAGUGACAAUGGGCUCUCAGUGUCAUAUCACCAAGACUAUACAGGACACUCUCAACCCCAAAUGGAAUUCUAACUGCCAGUUCUUUAUCAAAGAUUUAGAACAGGAUGUCCUCUGCAUAACAGUGUUUGAGAGGGAUCAGUUCUCCCCAGAUGACUUCUUGGGCCGAACUGAAAUCCGUGUAGCAGAUAUUAAGAAAGAUCAGGGCUCAAAGGGACCAGUUACAAAAUGUCUUCUUCUGCAUGAAGUCCCAACAGGAGAAAUAGUCGUCCGACUGGAUUUGCAGCUGUUUGAUGAACCUUGAAAAGGAACCUUCAAACUGAAAUAAUUGCAAUAGGCGUCUGCAGAAUCUGUCUAGAAAUUCUUAUACUUUUUAUAUGAGACAAAUACUUAUCAAAAGGAUUUUAAAAGCCACAAGCUAAGAACAGUCUUGUUAUCUUGGUAAUCCUUGCAGAAAACCGAAUUCCCAGUUUGUGAGGAAAAUAAAAAAAAUUGUUUCAUUUUUUUGCUGUAAUUUUCAGGAUAUGAGACUUUGACCCAGACAUGUAAAAUAAAACAAUGCACCUCCUUUGGAUUACUUCUGUAUGCAGUCUAAUCAAAAGAGGCUGCUACUGAUGUGUUUUUGAAGGCUUUCUGUAAAUUUCCCUUCGAAAUAUUGUGCCUAUUGGCCCACAGAAUAGUGUAUAAAUGUGAAUAUAUUUAUAGAGGAUAUACAUACAACAUGAAUGAAUUCUUGCCAUGUAAGAUACUGGGAUUUCUUUUAGGAAGUCCAUGAAAAUAUUUGAAUCUGUUUUAAACAAAUCAUCUCAAGAAGGAUAAUAUAAUGAUACAAAGUUUAAAUGACAGGUGCCCAGUGUGUUAAUGCUUAGCUGAAUAUUUCAAUUGCAAAGAAACAAAUUCUUUGUGAAUUUAAGUCUUGAGUUAUUGUUUCAAAGCCCUCUGUAUUGCUUAGUUCUCCAAGCUCCUUUAGAUUUUGAAUGGUACUGAUGCUUUGCACUUAUCAUCUGCCCUGGGAUAUCAUUCACCCCAACUGAUUAACAUGUAUCUCCACAUCAGUGCUUUUUAGUUAUGUUUCCAAUGAGUAUGUAGAUAAAAUAGUUAUUGAAAAUAGGAAAGAUGACAAAGUCUUGCUGUGUGUUGUACUGUACUGCUAACUCGUUAAAGCAGCUGCUGGGUUGUGAAAAAGCUGGAAAGGGUUACCAGCUGUGAUGAGGAAUUGAUUCCUCUGGCUCAGGAAAGGAUUGCUGAUUUAUUUUAUAUAUAGGUAAUGCUGAAAAGGCUGCCAGAAGGAAUGAUUACAUUGUACCUAAAUAAAAUUGACACUAUGAUCUGAUAAUCAGGGUGAUAGCUCAUGAAGGUGAUGAUUGUUAUCCUGAUUCAUUGUAAAUUUGUCAGUUGCACUAGUAGGUAUGACAACAUUCUGCAAAGUAAGACAUCCCAAAGUCAAAGGAGUUUAUGUUGCGAAUGUAAAGAUUUACUCACUGUAACGCACAUAGAAUACCUUGAUUCUGGAAAGUACAUUGAAAUCCAGUUAAACAGAGGAAGCACGUUCUUAAGAACUUGGCUGAAGUAGGAACAAUGUCAAUGAGAGCGUGUUCAUUUUGAUACAUUCUUUCUCAUUUCCAGCUCUUCAUUUUGAUAACCAAGGAUCAUGCCUAAAUGGGUAUGUUUGUAAUGACUUUCAGGAUGAGAAGUGUUGACUGUUCUGUUAGCAUGUCAAUGUUCUUGUAAGAUGUGUUGGCUUUGUUGCUGUUUGCAUGUUUUGGUGCCAGUUUUCAUGUUUCCUGUGGAGAUGGUGUUCUUUAGCACAGCAACUCUUUUUUGAUUUCCAUUAGGAAAUUCGGAUAACUUGAUUGGUAGCUACAGUCUGGUAGUAAGUGUAAACUGUGCUUGAAAGUGUUUGUGUACUAUUAUUUCCAAGGAGACCACUGUAUUAUUUUCAGCAUUUUUUAAAAAUCCUGUUUGUUGGAAGGACAAAAAAGUUUACAUUUCAUACUUUUAAGAAUUGCUUUAGUAUUUAUUUAUUGAAGAUAAUGUAGAAUUUUGUAUCAGAAAUGACAUACUUAUGUAUUUUUUUGAACAAAGACACACUUUAGUUAGAAAUUUUCAAUGGACCAAGUUU